AGUAAAAGUCGUUUUUUGUGGGCAAACCACCCAGUACUCCCUUCCACGUCCACUUUUGUUCCACGUCUCUCUAGACAGUUCCACCAUACAUCCCAGAUGCUCCAAGACACUGUUUUCGUUAAGAAUCUAGCUGCCACGGCCAUUACAGGCUCCGAUGCCUGGAACAGGCCUACGGCUCAGCCGAUCUUGAUUUCAGUUGCUAUUGAUACCGAUUUCUCCAAAGCAUCGGAAACAGACAACCUCAAGUACUCGUUGAACUAUGCGGUGAUUUCUCGAAAUGUCCUGGAGUAUAUGAAACUUCAUGAACUGAAAAACUUCAAAUCACUUCAGAAUAUCGCCGAGGAAGUCUGUAAAAUCGUUACAGACCAGAAAAGAGGUGGUGGAGAACAAGCAACUGUCUGUGUCAAUAGUGCCAAGUCGGAAAUACGGGCUGAUAGUAUUGAAUACCAAUUGACUAGAAACCCAUCCAUGAAAUUGGAUGUAUUGGAUACUAUCACGGUUCGUCGGCUUCGAUUACUUACCAUCAUUGGGGUGUUUACGUUUGAACGGUUGAAGAGACAAAUAGUGGACGUGGACUUAAAGAUUGAGCUUUUACCAAAUCAUAACGUUCAAAUCCAUAUUAUCAUGGAUGAGAUUACUAACUAUGUCGAAGGGUCAAAUUUCAAGACUGUAGAGGCUUUAGAAAUGGCUAUCGGCCAAUUAAUAUUCCAGGGCAAUGGUGAUCAUAUUCAAAAGGCUGUGGUGACUAUCACAAAGCCUAAUGCUAUCACCUAUACCGAUGGAGUUGGAGUAGAAUCCUCAAUUACUCGGGAACGGUUUGUUGGGGCUGAACCGAUUAAAGUGGACAGUUCGGCAAAUGUGUCUGAAAGUUUUAACUUGCCAGCAGACAAAAGUGUCGAUGGUGCCGGUUUUCACACCGCUUUCAUAGCGUUUGGCUCGAAUGAGGGAAACCAAGUUGAGAAUAUCACUAAAUCCAUUGAAUUACUUGACAAAUACGACGUUAAAGUACUGGCCACUUCUGCCAUGUACAUUUCCAAACCCAUGUACUACAAGGACCAACCUGACUUCUUCAAUGGAGUCUUUAAAGUUGAGUUCUCUGACAAGUCCCCUCAUGAUUUGUUAAAGAUUUUGAAGAACAUCGAGUACAACCACAUUAAUAGAGUGAAGGAGUUCGAUAACGGACCUCGCUCAAUUGAUUUAGAUAUUUUGUUGUAUGACGAUAUAAGCAUUAACACCCCUGACUUGACUGUGCCCCACAGAGCAAUGUUGGAUCGGACUUUUGUUUUGCAGCCAUUGUGUGAAUUAAUUGCACCGGACUACGUUCAUCCAGUAACAGCAGAACCUGUUCACAAUCACCUACAGCAACUAUUAAAGUCUUCUGUGCACGAACUGAUCCAAGAGCUGAGCAAGCUCUUGCAAUACGUGCCGGUAAAUCGGUUAACACCACUGGAGAAUCCAUUUAAAUUCGAUUUGUUGACUAACCACUCACCAACGUUGAUGAUGGGGAUUCUCAACAUCACUCCUGACUCUUUCAGUGAUGGCGGAAAGAAUUACGGAGUUGAGUUGGAUCAAGUUCUUGCAAACGCUGCUCAGUUGGUAGCCGACGGAGCGAAGAUUAUAGACAUUGGAGGUGUUUCCACUAGACCCGGUAGUGAAGAACCUACAGAGGAGGAAGAAUUACGUCGGGUUGUUCCUAUAGUAGAGGCCAUACGUUCAAGUGUUAAUAAGAACCUUGCCAACGUGUUGGUGUCUAUUGAUACUUACCGGUCGUCUGUGGCGGAAGCAUCGUUAAAAGCCGGAGCUGAUAUCAUCAACGAUAUUUCGAUGGGACUCUACGACGAUAAGAUGUUUGAGGUUGUUGCUCGCUAUGGUUGUGCCUAUAUCCUCAAUCAUACUCGAGGUACAGCGAAGACCAUGUCCCAGCUCACCAACUACGAAGCCAAUACAAAUGAAGACAUCAUUGAAUUGCUAGUGGACCCAGUCACAGGCCAGCUCGAUUCGGUCAGUGACUCGCCUUCUGUGAACAAUCUCAUAAAUGGAAUUGGAAGAGAGCAGGCGUCACAGAUUUCAAAGGCAUUUAAGCAAGGAGUUAGAAAAUGGCAAGUAAUUUUGGAUCCGGGUCUUGGGUUUGCUAAGAAUUUGACCCAAAACUUGGCCAUAUUGAAACACAGUCAUUCGUUCAAACACUACAGCACCAUUUUACGUCAACAAGCCAAUACUGAAACCGGCACGGCCAAUGAAAAAUAUAUGAGUUUUAAUGGACUUCCGCUUCUUUUGGGGCCAUCGAGAAAGAGGUUUUUGGGCACCAUCAACAAUGAGCCCACAGCCGAAACUCGAGUUUUCAGUACUGCUGCUUCUAUAGUGGUAUGUGUACAACAAGAAACCAACAUUGUCAGAGUCCAUGAUACAAAAGAAAUAUUCAAAACAAUUGCAGUUGCAGAUGCCAUUUACCGAGAUUUGUACUAGCAGUUACCCGACUGUCAGGACAAAAAAGUGUCGAGACCAAGAAAUCUUCGCGCAUUCAAAAAAUUUUCAUCAUCGAUAAAGACCAGCUUUAUUACAAUUAUUAAAUAAAAUGGCAGCAGUAUUCCCAAGAGCUUGUUACAAGUGCGGAGAAGUCGGACACUUGGCUGAAAGCUGUACUCAAGAAGAAAGAUUGUGCUACAACUGCCACCAACCCGGCCAUGAAAGCUCAGAAUGUGAGGAACCAAAACUGACCACCCAUAAACAAUGUUACUUGUGUGGUGAUGUGGGACAUGUUCAAUCUGACUGUCCAACUCAAGAACAAGGUUCCAAGUGUUACAAUUGUGGUCAAUUUGGCCACAUAUCUAAGAACUGCAAUGCUUCUGCUACUGAAAAGCCAGCGUCUGCUCCUGCUGCUUCUAAGUUCAAGCCUUCUACCACCUGUUACAAGUGUGGAGGUCCUAACCAUUUUGCCAGAGACUGUCAAGCCAACAACACCAAGUGUUACGCUUGUGGAAAGACCGGCCAUAUUUCUAAGGACUGUCGGUCUGCUACUGGAGGUGACAACUUUUCGGUUAAGGCUUGCUACAACUGUGGACAAACCGGCCAUAUUUCUAAGGACUGUGAUGCCGCUUAGUCAAGUUGAAAUGUUGUAUAUGGUUUGAUUUGAUGCUGUCAUGGAGAUUGUUUUGUAUUCAUAGGUGAAAGAAGAAAAGCCCUAAAUAUAUGAUUUUAGCUGUAAGAUGAACGGAACUUGUCCUCAACGCUUUGAAUACUCGGGAUGAUUGUCUGAUUCCAUAAAUAUGAUGAAAGAACGUCAGUGUAAGCAUUUCAUUGUUUUGCAAGCUGGUCUAUUUCAUAAAAUAAGCCAUCCCCAAAAAAGAAUAAAAGUCAGCGUUCUAAGAUGCCUGGAUUCAAAAUAUUUAGCCACUAUGAUUAUUUGUGACAAUGACCUAGGCCAUUGUGAUGUGAUCCAGUAACUCUAUUCAGUAUUUAAAUUUAUAUAUUCAUCUAAAAGCAGACAGCGUACACAAUGUUAAUUAAAUAACGAGCCUCGAUGGAAUUUGCAAUCCUUAGUAUCUCAAAUAAUCAAAUGUCACAGCAUCAGGAAUGUCUGCAAUUUCCAAUGCAGUAAUUUCAUUGAUGGUUUGUUCCAACAUACGAAGACCAAAUCUUAAUUCCUCUUCGGUAAUCACCAACGCAGGUGCCCACCGAAUGGUUUUUGCAUGAACCAUUUUACAAAUAAUACCUUUUGACCUCAAAAGCAUACAAACAUGCCAUACCUUUUUU